AUGUGGUCCUCUGACAGAGGUAGCAGUGGAGCUCUCCGUGGUGCACGGGAAAGUCUCUUGAAUGAUGCUGAUGCCUUUGUGGUUUUUUUUUUUCUUUUGAUAUGGGUCUCCGUAGCUGCAUGGAAAUCCAAAGGAACACAGGCGAAAGGGAACGAAGCACGACCACCGCCAUGGGGACGCAGCAACACCGGUAGAUCAGUAUUCGCCUCCGAGGAUGGAUCAAAGCGAGGGCCCAGCAAUCUGGUUCCACCACGGCUCCCACCUCCUGGUCUCAAGCGUACGAUUGGGAAAUCAAGAGGGGAACGACUCUCAAGCGAUUUCCCACGGCUUCUUUAUGUAGAGAGGGCGAGAGAUGGAGGCAACGGGUCUGUGUUUUUCUUUUUGCUCGAAAUGGAUUGA